UUAAUACUUCCUGUUCAAAAGUUAAUAAUCCUGAAAGUACUAUAGUCGUCAACAAGAUAGUAUAUGAACAUAAUCAUCCAUUAAAUCGCGAGUUAAUUGUGUUCAAAGAUACCAAGAAAUUUAUCGAUUCAAUGCUAAAAGAUGUGAAGUUCAUGACUAUGUACUAUAAAUUCAGAGCAACGGUGCAAAGGAAAUUUCUUAAAGGAAAAUAUCUAACUCAUCCAAUUCACUCGAAAGAUCUAUACCAUAUAAUCCAAAGAUUUUGGCUUACUGCUAAGUUCUUGUUAAAUGAUACUGUACAAAUUUCAAAUUGGUUAGACCAACAAAAGGAAAAGGAUCUACGUUGGGUUAUUGCCUGA